GAGGGAUUCUAUUUAUCAAAAAUUUUUUAUUCGAUAUUUUUAUAUCGAUAUAGAAAAGAAUAUCGAACAAUGUAAAACAUUUUUAAUUCAGACGCAACGUAUAAAUCUUUCGAUAAAAUAUUUCGAGAGCAAUGGUGGCAACUGCCUGUGAUCCUACAUUCGAGAGACACUUUAAAGGUCAUAGAGAUGAAGUUACAGCUUUAUGCUUUCAUCCAAAUGCGAUUCAACUUGUAUCAAGUAGUCUGGAUAAAACAUUAUUAGUAUGGAAUUUGGCAGAAUCAGUGCGAGCUUAUAGAUUUAUAGCCCAUAAAGAUGGUAUUUUGGAUGUAUGUUAUGCACCAUCUGGAGAAAUUAUAGCCAGUAGUUCAAAGGAUAGAUCUGUGCGAAUAUGGGUUCCUAAAGUUACAGGACAAUCAAUAGACUUUAAAGCUCACAGUUCUGCAGUGAGAUCGGUACAAUUUAGUCCAGAUGGAGAAAAGUUACUUACUGCAUCAGAUGAUAAAAGUAUAAAACUAUGGAUGGUAUGUCAGAGAAGAUUUCUCAUGUCAUUCAAUGGACAUACAAAUUGGGUUCGGUGUGCUAAAUUUUCUUCCGAUGGUAGACUUUUAGUAUCGUGUAGUGAUGAUAAGACGAUAAAAGUAUGGGACAUUAUUUCUGGACAAUGCAUUAAGACUUUUAAUGAAAUAAAAGCACCUGCUGCAUAUGUAGAGUUCCAUCCAAGCAAUGCAGCUAUUGGAUCAGCAAAUAUGGGUGCAUGUAUUAAAUUAUAUGACUUAAGAACAGGUUCUUUAUACCAACAUUAUGCUGCCCAUAAAGAAUCUGUAAACAUGAUCAAGUUCCAUCCAAAGGGUAAUUUUAUGUUAACAGCUUCUAGCGAUUCUACAAUGAAGGUUUUAGACUUAUUAGAGGGCCGACCAAUUUAUACUUUGAAGGGACAUGUUGGUAAUAUAACAUCGAUAACUUUCUCACAAGAUGGUGAAUUUUUUGGUUCUGGUGGCACAGAUCGGCAGAUUUUGAUGUGGAAAUCUAAUUUUUGUAAAGAUGACAAACCUAAAAAGUUUGCUAGACAAUUAAUACCUACUUCCAGCCAACAGGAACUUGAUGAUGUAGAUAACAAAUCAUUUACAAACAAUGACAAGCAAAAAGAUGUGCAAGUGGAACAUGAUCAAGAGAAUAUAUUAUUUCAGUAUUUACUAGAAACAUUAGAAGAAUUGGAUUUGGAAUCAGAUAGAAAUCAUUGUAAAGGACCUAUAGCUAAAAUACCAAGGAAGAAAAUUGAAGUGAUUAAUACAAGAAACAUUAAACCUGAAAAACAUCGUAGAGCAAAUGUUUUAGUUCCGCAAGAUCAGGUAUCAGCUUGUAUGCAUUCGUCUAGUCAAUCUAUUAAAGCAGUAGAAGCAUUGUGUGAUCAAGUACAAUCAUUGCAUGAUACUGUUAAUAUACUAGAACAACGUUUGACGGUUUUAGAGGAAGCAAUUAUAAAAUAAUUUUGAUUCCUCUAUUUUAAAUGUUUUAAUUAUUGAUUAGAAUAAUAUUUGUGUGAGUGUGUGUGAGAAAUUUAUAAAUAAUUAUAUCUUUCAAGCAGAAUUUGAAUUGAGAAUAAUUUAAUGAAAUAUAUUAUAACAAUUAC